CAGCCGCUUGAGCGAACGAUGGCCGUGAGCUCGAACGAGGUGACCGUGCGCCUGAGUAUGAACGAAGUAGUGUAUGACCUGGUCCAGCGACUAGACGCACUAAACCCGUACGCCGUCAGCGAAUUGGUCCUCGGAAACUGCCUCCAAUGCAAGCCGGCAGAGCUGUGCGAGCAAAUCGGCCGCUGCGUGAGACUCCGGCGCCUCAGUUGCGUUGCCUGCGCGCUCCAGCCCAGCAAACUGCUCAAGUUGAUGCUGGAACGACUGCAGUAUCUGAAGCAGCUCGAGUUGUCGCUCGUCGACGACUCCGAGGCGGUCAUCGACUGCGAAAUCAACAGUAUGCGUUCCAUAUCGCCGCAAAUGAGGGUUGCCAUCCGUUACCACAGCCUGCGUCGCCUGUACGUCGAGGUCGGCGGCGACCGCAACUUCGAGCUUCUCUGGGAGCUUCUGGUCCUCUGCCCGAACCUAACGGAUCUUCACGUUCACUUCGUGCGAGGAACUGUUUCGAAUGCUCUGGUUCUGUGCCACCGGAUUCACGAACAGCUGGGCCGAGUGGAAACGUUCACGUUCACCUCCGAACUGCCGGCCUCCGUGCCGCUUCCGUACGGGCCGGAUCCAUCUAUGGCGUUCGCGAACUGCGCUACCGUCUGCGCCAACGUCUGUCACGACAAGCCGCACGACUGGUGGAGCUGCGUCGAACUGAGUCGCCUCCUACUCAGCCGGGACCGAGUGCUCAUUCUUCCGUCGCAGCUGGUCGCGUUUGCCGUCGGCGACCUCACGACAGGGUUGGUCUUCCAGGAGGCGAGUCGGCGACACAGCUGGGCACGCGUCCGCGAACUCUGUAUCCUGCUGCUCCCGGCGGAGCCCUCCGUCGUGUCGUACCCGAUGGCGGGAGCCCAGUUCCGCGACUACCUGGAACGUUUCUCCUUUGCGCUGGACAGCAUCGUCGAGCUGAACGUCAGUUCGUUUCACUUUCGCCUCGACAUCGACCUGAGGAAAUUUCUCCAGGAUACCCCGCUGGGGCGCCGCCUGCUUGCUCUCUCAGCGCCCCCGUGUUGGUUUCCGAGGCGCUCAUCUGUGCGCGGGCUGCCGUUUUGUUGCCCCAACCUGAAAGACCUGGACGUGCGCGUCGUGAACCCGGGGGGUCACUUGCGCUGCGCUUCCUGCCAUAGUCUCCUCUUCGGGACCGAUGCCGUACAGGAACCAUCCGACGCGGCCACGUCCUCGCCCACUAGCAUCGCCAGGCUGACCCUGUCUGGCGUGCCUUACCAGGUACUACCCUGGUACCUCGAGUGUUACCGAGCUGCUGCGACGCUUCGACUUGCCGAGUGGCGGAUUAUCGGGAGCCCGCCAUUCGGCCAUUUGUGCGAUCUUCUUGGCGAGUGCGUAGCUAUCCGUUGCCUCGUGCUGCAGCAUUGCGACCUGCCGAUCAACGAUCAGCAUCUUCAGGCCAGCUUGUCCCGCAUGACCGGUCUCCAGCACCUGUGCCUUCUGACGUCGAUACGAGUCUCCGACAUGAAUGUGUUGCAGUGUGUCCGUGACUCCGUCUCCCGCGCAGCUCAACUGAAGUGCGUUCACAUACACUACAAGCGCGACACCGACGGCUGGGAGCAACGAGUCACCUGGCUAAAUCGACGCCAAGGCGGAGUCCUGCUACGAGAAGGUCCCUGCUUCGCGUGUUGCUCGACGGCGACGUUCAUCGGACUGGUCAAGCCGGUCAAUCGCGACUGUGAGGUGGACCUGUAAGCUGAAUUAAGGGAUACUCCUGUUAUGAGAGUUUUCCUUAAUCCGACUUGUUAAU